AUGGCAGGAUGUGUAAAGGAGUUGCGAGACAAAGCCUCUGACUUCAAACGCACGGGGUAUAUUGCUGUGUUUGAUACGGACUCACGAGUUAUCAAAUCUCAGGUUCAUAACGAUCUUCUCAAAGAGCUUCAAGAAUCCAUGUCGCCGCUAUUUUCGGCUUCGAAAUCUGUUUCGUCUACUGCCUCGGUCGAUCCAAAUAAGAGUGUUUCGGAGAGUCCGGGGCUUAUUUCAGCCGCCAUUGAACCGUGGAACGAAAUGCUCAUCCUUGGAGAUCAGGGUCGGACACCAAUUCGAAUCAGAACUUAUGAUUUCCAAGUGGAAGGCGGUGAUGACGAGACCAAGUUGCAUAAUUACAUGAAGAACGCGAGACAGGGACGAACACCACCUAUCACAGAAGAAGAAUGGCCUGACAUUCGAUCACGAAUAAGAGAACAUCUUCGGCUCCCUGAGCCCGAGAAGCGGCACCGUAUAUUGCCCGACUCUGGGUACCAUGAUCUUCUCGCUGUACUGGAAAAAUUGGUAAUCGCAAAGAGCAGGCGGUUGUACGCCGUGAAAGGAAUUGAGCCAGGGAUCUCCUUCACAUACGAUGAAUGGAAGACUGGUGAAAAUACAGGCCGCGCGAUCAUGCCCAAAUGGAGUGACCCUGAUAAACUUGAAACGCCCCCAAUUCCCGAUUUAGAUCACGAUUACUACUCGAUAUCUCUCCAAGAUCAAUUCGAGGGCUUGCAGAUCAUAGUUCGAGGGUCAACUAUUGAGCUCACCCUAGAAGAGCCUUUGUAUUAUGGUGAUUCCCAUCACAACGUUGCUGGUAUCCUCAAUGAGCAUAUCGUUUCUACAGCCGUAUGCUACUUCGAUAUGCACAACAUCAAAGAUGCAAAGGUUUCAUUCCAACAAGAGACUCACAUCGAGAGCGAUGAUUUCAAUAUUGCGGAGUAUGACGUUAUGAAUCGAGUUUUUGAUGUUCCGAGCUGGUCAAUCCGCGGCGAUGAUCCUUGUUACCCAGAGGCUCUACAGACCAUAGGGUCUAUCCCGAUUUCACGAAAUGGGCAGUUUCUUGCUUGGCCAAGUACACUGCGGUCUAAGGCCGAGCCAUUCAGUAUGGCAGAUCGAUUGCGGCCAGGGCACCUUCGAUUUGCGACUUUGUGGUUGGUAGGCCCGCAUUAUCGAAUUUGCUCAACUCAGAAUGUGCCUCCCCAGGACCCAAGCUGGGUCGAGACAUCCCAAUCAACGAAGGACGCGCCGAAGCAUGAUUUAAUGGCAUUCACGCAGGCAGUCGAGGCUCGAAACCAAAUGCGGCAAGAUAGAGACAGGAUAAGCGAGAAAUUCCUUGAACGCGGACAUUCGCGGCACAUUUAUUCGGAAGUUUACAUUCUUUGA